CGGACAUAUUUUGUCGACGCGCCGCCAAUGUAAGACCAACGCAGCCAUCCUUCCCUUGUUUACUGACCUCGAGUUUUAAAUCUUCUUUAAACUGUCAGACUAUUUAAGCAAUAAGAUGUUUUGAACAAGGCAGUGUUCUCCUUCAAAGGCUCAUUUUCAUCGAGUUAUCCGUACGUGGAAACCCGUGAGCGGACGCCAAGAUGCGCCUGACGCUGCAAAUGUUGAUCUCCCACGGCCGAGUGGCCCGCAGAAUUGGGCUGGGUCCCAAGUCCCGCAUCGACAUGCUGCGGAACAUCCUCACCGGACUGGUGCGACAUGAGCGGAUAGAAACCACCGCGGCCCGGGCAGAUGAAGUCCGCUUCUACGCCGAGAAGCUGAUCAACUACGCUAAGAAAGGCGACACGGACGAGAAGGCGAUGAAGAUGGCAACUUUUUGGUUGACGGAGAAGGACCUGGUCCCAAAGCUGUUCAAGGUGCUGGGCCCGCGGUUCGAGACCCAGUCGGAGGGCUACACGCGUACGGCCCGCAUCCCCAACCGACAGAACCUUGACCGAGCCGAGAUGGCGGUGCUGGAGUACAAAGGCAACCCGUUCCCACCUCUCUACCCGGUCAAGAAACACAACCCGCUGACCCUCAUCAACCUGCUGCUCAGAGGCUACCGGGAGGACAAGGCCAACUCCACACCCCUCACAGCCAAGUCAUCAAGCUCUGGAUAAAUACUUCAACUGAUCCCCCCCAUUUCUUGGGUGAAUCUUGUUGAACAGAAGAUGUUUCUGUCAUUAAAGAAAAAUUAGUCAA